GCAUGGCACGACGCUAGCCGCCGCCUCCAGCGACCGACGCCGCCUCCAGCGACCGACGCCUGCCGCCUGCCACCGCGACGCCAGUCACCCGCCUCUCGCCGUCGCCACAGCCACCGCCACAGUUGCCCAUGGCUUUCUCCGGCGUCGCCUACCUGCUUCUCGCCUCUUCAGCAGCGUUCUUCAGCUACGGGCUAGCCGCGCCGACGACAGCGGCGGCGCCGCCUCCGGAGGCUGAGGAGGCGGCCGUGGCGGCCGUGUCUCUGGACGCUGAGGCGCCGGCAGCGGCCAACCGCAGCCAGUCCGCCGUCUGCACCGUGGCCGGCGUCGAGUACGAGCACGGGCAGCAGGUGGCUCGCGCCGACCCCUGCGAGCUGUGCCUGUGCCUGGCGGGAGACCUGUUCUGCUGGUGGCAGGACUGCCCCACGGCGUCGCCCGCCUGCAGGCAGAGCCCCGCCUUCGCCGCCGCCUGCGCAGCUGUAGCUGAGAACAGCUCGAUGGCGCUGCUGGGCGGCUCACCGGGGCCGGACGUGGUGACGGAGGCGGCCGCCUGGCCCACCACGGCCGCCGCCGACGUCGGCGACGACACCGCGGACGUCGACGCCGCGGCGUCCAGCAGCGACAGCACGCCGCCCGCCGGCGUCGACGGGGACAACUCCAGCGACACCGCCGCGCCGCCCCCGCCUGCGCCCGCCUCCACCGCCCCCACGGCCUGCCACGUCAUGGGAACUGAAUACAAGAUAGGUGAAGUUCUGCCACGAGAUACAGGAACAUGUCUGGAAUGUGUGUGUGAUUCUGAAGCGAGGGUCACUUGUUCACCUAAAAAUUGUGCAAGCCAUGACGAUUUCCAUGCCGCCAACAGUCUUGACAUGUUUGAUGUUGAUACAUUCUAGGACUACUAUUUGCCUAAUAUUCUUUCAGAUAGCCCACAUAUGUAGUGCUAUAAAGUGUGUAUGUUGUAUCUGAACUGCCUUUCUGUAAUUCUUUCAACAGAGUUAAUAAGUGUGUAUGUGGUACAAUAUUGUUCCAGUCACUUUAUGUGAGUUUAAAAUGGCACUAAUUUUCAAUCUGUACUCCUAGAACAUCACUCAGUGUACAAUGGAUAUAGCACUGAGACAUGUUCAACUGCCUUAUGACAUCAUUGUAUGUAAUAUAUGUAAUUAAUGAAUGGUACAUACAAAUCAGGCACAAUUAUUCAUUCUUCAGCUACUUCUCGAAAAUCAGAAUGAUUAGAAGUAUAAUUUUCUUCAGAACAAAGGUCUCAUCAUUAACCAGAAAAGUCAUUUACAGCUCAUUCCAUCAACCAACCAUUCGCAACAGUAAGGACUCAGACAAUGUACACAUAAUGCAAAAAUUCUCCAAAAUGUGGUAUUAUAACAAUGGCACAUUUAAGUUGCUUUCAGUAAAUAGAUAGUGAAUAAAAUCUCUUAAAGCAUCAGUUUUGACAAUGUAUUUUAUGUGUACAGACUCUCAGUAACUUUAAGGGGACAGGUAGAGUCAGUCAGUAAUGAAACUAUUGUGCUACUGCAUAAGCUGCAAGCUAUUAACUGACCAACAUCAGACAGUCUCUACUUCUUAUUUUGAUAGUGUUCUUUCUAUGUUGUCAAAUCUCUGAAAUGUCUGACAAUACAAUGCUACAGACAAUCUGACGUUUGGCAUUUAGCAAUGGUCACAGAAAAGACUUACUUCAACAUCAUAAAUGAUCAUUACAAUUUUAAUUAAUUUCUUAAGUAUGUAUACAUUCUGUAAAGCAACAUUUCUUACAGUUAAAUAAAACUCCCAUUUUAAGAACUUUUUAUUGGAUAACACCAACAUGAAACUAAACACAGGCGAUGCAGAAAAAGUGGAACUGUAGCAUAUGACCUGUUACAGCAAAAAGUCUAAUAUUUACAACUAUUAUUGGCAGAACUGCUGGUUAUGUUUGGAUUUCAAAAUUUUCGUUGAAAAUGCUUAUUCAUAAUCAGUCAUACAACAAUGGACUUAAUUUUGUCACUGUCACUUGAUAAUUAAACUUUUGAAAGCAACUGUAUCAUUUGUCUACGACAUUAAAACCAACUGAUAGGUACAUCAUUUUCAUGCGUAUUACAAAAAAAAAUGUAUUUUAUGCAAUGUUACAAAGUGUUUUGACAUUCACAGUAUGUUUUCGUUUGCAACCAUCGUUACUCUGAAUUUUUUAAUGGUAAAUCAUCACAUAAACAUGAAAAUAUAUAAAGUUUUAAGUAGCUUUACACUUAUAGCAGUCAUAUUCACUACUCUGGAACUGUUUCUUCGUCAGGAAUGGUACUAAAACCAAAUACAUAUAAUUUUCAAAAAUACUGUGCCAUUAGUUCACAAAGAUUUACUACCAAGUUAACAAACACAGUUACAGUUUCUUCAUGAUUUUCCAGAGUUCAUCAUUUCCAUUACUUGUUCCACACACCACUAUGCAAAAGUGCGACAUGGAAACAGAGUAAUACUAUUUUACAUUUAUCAGUAUAAAAUAAAAAACUAUUACUAUUAGACCUAUUUUACCAAGUAGAGAAAGGAAAGACAAAAGGACCAAAUAGACUUCAGAAUUAUUUUGUUAUAUGGAAAGUGAGGUACAUUUGAAAAUAGGAUGUUUAUACCAUACCAUAACAAACUUAAAUUAGAUCUUUUCCAUAUACUUCUUUUGUAGAAUACUAACAGUACUAGAAAUAAGAUCAAAAUUCUGUUUUAAAGUGCAAUCUGAGAAGAAAAGUUGUCGAAGGUACUGAAAACCCAGAAAUAUUUAUCGUGAAAUCUUUACAGUGUCUGACUUCUGUGCCAAAUGUUUAACAGUAGUAUAAAAGUAUAAGGUAGUGUUUUCUCAAAAUGAAUGUUCACUGUAUGAUGAAACUGGGCACACUCACUGAAGCAUAUGUCAUCUUUAAAAAAUAGACUUUUAUCAAUGUCAUAUUUGAACAGAAUUACUACAUUUAGUUCUCCAAUCACAUGAAGACAUGCUUUUAAUGAAACACUUUUACUAAAAUCCAAGAUUUUCGCUGUAUUGGUGACUUCACAACAUCACAAUUCUUCAAACAGCAAAUACGCUUCAAAAAUACAAUUUAAACAAAAAAGUUAGCAUUUCAGAGAUCUUGACUUUGUUGCAGUUCCUGAAGAAACAAUAAUACACAUCAUCAGCAGUUCAUAUUUUCAGUGAGAGCAGCAAUGUAGCGCACAUGCUUGAGGACAAUAUCAGUGAGGUAGUACUUCAUUGAUUCACUGGACUAAUUUGCAGUUUAUCUUCAAGUACUACAAGCAUUUAUAUACAUUUUAUUUUGUGUAAAUAGCAAAUAUUUACAAACUUGUAUAAUAAUUAAUCCAAAAAAUGCAUUUAAAAUAUAUAACCUCUGAAAGCUACAUUUGACUUAGCUGAAUGCACAGAUUUUACUUCUAAUGCUGUAAAUAUGUCUCCUACAGAACUUUUCCAGCAUAAAAAUAGGUGUAUCGCAGCUUUAAGGAAGAUUUUAAUUAUGAUAAAAUAUAACAAUGUAAAAUACGUGUAGACACAUGAAAAAUGCAGAUACCAUUGGUGAUAAUUAUUUUUUAGAACUUUAAAUGUAGACAUCAAUAGCAAAAAGCUGCUAACAAUCAUAAAUGCAAUUUACAUAUAACUUAUCAAAGAUUCUGGUUUAAAUUUCAGUUUUAGAAAACAUACCAGAAAUACUGAAGAAGUAAAUUUUUUGCUAUAUAAACAUCACACAGACUUCUCAGAUUAUGACGUGAUAUAUGUACAAGUUGGGAAAACUGAUUUUCAAGAAAGUAAAGGACUUUUAAAGUAUUACACUUCCAUGUUUUAGAUACUUUGUGAUAUGCAUACUAACAUAUAUACACUAUAUGAACCAAUCAUACAUAGUUCAGUAUGACAACAAUAUAUUUCAUUUCAGGAGAUAUAGCUUAACAAACAUCAUUAAUAGCAAAAUGACUAAGAGUCAACCUAAUCAUUAGCUGUAGCACGAAAUACUUAACAUAACAUUAAGUUAUUUAUGUACAGCCAGAUACUCAAGAACUAAUCCCCAAAUAUUUCACAUUCUCUUAAGAGUUGAUAGAUGAGAUUGUGAAUUCUUGUGUAUUUGAUAUCAUUAAUUGAAUUGAAGAGUUUUUAUCCAAGGCUAUACCAGUGUGCUACAUACUUAUUAAUGGUUGUUAAUUGUUUACUGGAAGAGAUUUAUAAAUACUAAAUGAUGGAGAUAACAUUUCUUAGGACAGAUUUCCUGCAUUUCAUUCAAUGUGAGAUGUGUGAAGAAAUGAUUAAUGUGAUGAUAUUUAUAUGACAUAGAGCAGUGAUAAGAAGUCAUUUAUUUUGUUGAUGCCUAGUAAUUUAGAGCUGUCUCUUUUGAUAUUGAAUAAAAACAAUAAACUCUCAUUGGUGCAGAUUAUUUUAAAAUAAAAGGUAGAGACAUCAGUGAAUCAUUCUUUAGCAACAGUAUUGAUGCAACAUUAUGAUCACUCAUAUCAUUCAUGUGAAGGUAGAUUUAGGAAUAAUUCGAAAAGAAAACAAUAUUAUAUUUGAAGUUGGUGUUACUGGUGCAUCUAUUGCUCUUCGUGAGCUAGCCACUUGUCAUAUAAGACAUAUAAUUUGUAUAUAAAAUGUACAAGUUAUUAGCAUGCAGUCCUUGAUUUUUAUAAAGAUAUAUAAAAUGAUUGAAGAUAACUACAGAAAAUUAUUAUAUAUUUUCAAAUAUUUUAUUAUCCUGUGGUAGUAUGUCAGUUUAUUGUAACCUAGAAGACAGAAUUUUUUUCUUUUGUAGAAAAAAAUAUUUCAGAAUCAGUGCAUAAUUUCGUUUAUAUACCAAUAGCUAAUGUAAAAGAUUAAUUUAAUAAAAAGUAGGAGUGAGUGAUACUUUUUCAUUUAAAGGGAGUGUACUGAGUAAUAUAAGUAACGUAAUAAGUAAAAUAUGUAGCUGUAGAAAUUAUUUCAUGUAGUUAUGAUGCAUAUAUAACAUGCAAAUAUAACAACUGUCUAUGUACUCUCAAACUAUGGAAUCAAAAAACCACUUUGUAAUGCUAAAAUUGCUUGACAUUCUGUCUUUCAUACAAUAAGCAGCACCAUGUUAAAACUUCUUGAAUUGUACAUUAUAGUAUUAUGUCCAUUGCUAUAUUAUGUUCCUGCAAAUAGUGUUGGUAAUGUUAUGAAGGCACUAAGUAACUGUGAAGGAACUGUGACAUUAUAAUGUAAUCCAGAUGUCUUCCAUAAUUCAUAAGUUGCUGCUAUUAUAUUAUCUUUCAUUAAUAUGUAUAUUACGUUUUACACAAUGUUUUCAGACUUUCGAUA